UAUCCAACAACCUAAGACAUUCUUUCAUACCGUGUUGCAAUCUUUGGCUUUAACGUUUCAUUGAACGGAUCCAAAUAAAUUAGGCCACAAUUAUGUCGAACCGGCUUGAGAACACGUGGGUUACAUAAUGAAGCUGUUCUGUUAUGAAUUUAUCAUUGAGUGAAAUAUUAAACAAUCAGACAGAAAAUUAAAUUUGUCGAACUUGUAGACAGAUUGAAACAGAAUGCAGACAUCGGACAUAGACACGGAGAAGCAGCCUCUACUAGGAUCACAAUCUAACCAUCUUGAUAAUGAAAUAAGUAUCAAUAAUCCCCAUACCUACACAUCUAUAUCAGAUGUAGAUGUCUCGGAAAAUGACUCUUCCAAAACUUCGGACUCUGAAGAAUUCUCUUUUCGAGCUCUUGAUAGGCGGAAAAAAGUAAUUUUCUUGAUCAUUGGAAUGGUCAAUUUUUGUGCUUGUACAUGUUUUUCAUUGUUAGCACCGUUUUAUCCAGCUGAGGCAGCAAAAAAAGGAGUUUCUACAACUGUUGUUGGUCUAAUAUUUAGUUGUUUUGAAUUUUGGAUAUUUAUAACAGCACCAAUAUUUGGAUACUUUCUUACAAGAAUAGGAGCUAAAUUUAUGUUCAUAUCAGGAAUUUUGGUUUGUGGCACAUGUUCUGUUCUAUUUGGAAUUUUAGAUAAAUGCCCUCCCAAUGGAAUAUUUAUAGCCAUGUGUUUUGCCAGUAGAACUGUAGAGGCUUUAGGAUGUUCAGCAUUCAUCACUGCCAGUUUUGCUAUUAUUGCUCAUGAAUUCCCUAAUAAUGUAGCUACAGUUUUUGGAUCUUUAGAAACAUUUAGUGGUAUCGGUAUGAUGGUAGGACCCCCAAUAGGAGGAGCUUUAUAUGAGCUUGGAGGUUAUGGGCUGCCAUUUUGGACUAUGGGUGCUAUCUUGAUAACAUGUGGAUGUGUUUCUUUUAUAUUUAUGCCAGGACAAGAUGAGGGAGCUAAAGCAUUUAAAGGAUCUGUUUUAAGAUUAUUAACAAGUCCACUGGUAGUUGUAUGCUGUUUAACGGUAUUCUGUGGAUCUUUCUCUCUCGGUUUUCUAGAUCCUACAUUAGCUAAUCAUCUAGAAGUUUUUAAUUUAAGUAGUUUAUACAUUGGUUUAAUAUUUCUAUGUGCACCUGGUGUAUAUGGUUUUACAGCACCUAUAUGGGGUUACCUUGGUGAUGCUAAGGAUUGGACAGCGGGUAUGAUGAUAAUAGGUCUAUUUUUCUCAGGGAUUGCCUAUCUUUUAUUGGGACCGGCACCAUUUCUACCAUUUCUACCGUUUAAUCUAUGGCUAACGAUUGUUACAUUGUGUUGUUUUGGACUGUUUAUUGGCUGUUGUCUUAUUCCUACUUUUACGGGUAUCUUGACAGGUGCAAAACAGUUAGGUUUAGAUGAAUCAUUAGAUACAUUUGGUAUGGUAUCUGGUCUAUUUAAUUCAUCAUUCUCUUUAGGAGCUUUUGUUGGACCAUCUAUAGGAGGAUUAUUACAAGAUCAUUUUGGGUUUGGUUGGGCUGCUAGUUCCUGUGGCUUUUUAUAUCUAGCUACUACACUGGUUGUGAUAUUAUUUAAAUUUACAAGUAAACAAGGUUUUAACAAACCACCUACAGGAUAAAAUACUUGUGAUAAACAAGGGUUUAGCACACCAUCUAUUCAAGAUAAACCUUGGAUUUAGCAUACUAUCAAGUUAAACAAGGUUUUAGCACACCAUCUACUCAAAAUGAACAUGGAUUUAGCACACCAUCUACUUAAGAUAAACAAAGUUUUAGCACACCAACUACUAAAGAUAAACACAGAUUUAGCACACCAUCUAUUCAAGAUAAACCUUGGAUUUAGCACACUAUCUACUCAAGAUAAACAAGGUUUUAGCACACCAUCUACUCAAACAAGUUUUUAGCACACUAUCUACUCUCAAGAUAAACAAGGAAUUAGCACAAUGUUUUAGCACACCAUCUACUCAAGAUGAACAAUGUUUUAGCACACCAUCUACUCAAAUUAAACAUGGUUUUAGCACACCAUCAAUUUUCAUAGUGCUACAUACAACUGUUUCAUUACAAUAUAAUUUAUUUGGCAAAGAACAAAUAUAAGCAUCUGGAUGCCCAAGUUUAGAUUUGUUGGUGAUUCCAUGAUGUUGUAAGGUUUUUGAACAUGUAAUACAGUUUAACAGAACACAAUUUUUAUGGGAAACAAUCACUGGUUUUAUUCUAAACGCACAACGCUUUUAGAAUAAAACCAGUGAUUGUUUCCCAUAAAAAUUGUGUUCUGUUAAUGUGUUUCUGAAUCGCUAAAUGCCACUUAAAGAUUAUGUUAGUAUAUUUAGGUACGGGUAAUUAGUACCGAAUAGUUUAAUUAGAAGACAAAACUAAAAUGUAAUUGAUGUGAAUUAAGAUUCUAUAAUCCUAACUGUAAUAAUGAUUAACCACUCAUUUGAGAAAUUAUUUUCAUCAUAUUUGAUCAAAAUUCCACAUUAUUUAUUAAUUUGUUUGGAAGUAAUUCAUGAAUGAUGAGGAAAAUGAACAGUUGGGGCAAGAAAUUAUUUUCAUCAUAUCUGAUCAAAAUUCCAUAUUAUUUAUUAAUUUGUUUGGAAGUAAUUUGUGACUGAUGAGGAAAAUGAACAUCGGGGCAAUUGAUGGACUGCUUGCGUAACUUUUCUUUUCUGUGAGAUAUAAGUGAAUAAUAUAAGCCUGUUAUUGUAAAAUAUUUGAUGUAUUGGAAACAUAAUGAUUGGUAAAUGAAGUAUAAUUGGAAACAGUGAUUAAUGAUGGGAUCCAUUAUAGAGGAUAUUUAAGCAUAUAGAAAUACUCAAAUAAUUAUUCAUACUGUGGAGCCGUGGUGGUUCAGUGAGUAAGACGUUGGCUCGCUAACCUGGAGGUCUCCUGUUUGCUCCUUGUGUUGGCCGAGACAUUU